UGCUCCCUCACUCCUUCUCUCCCGCUGACUCCAGGUUGAGAACAACAGGAAGGAUGCUCUUCCUCAGCUCCACUCUCCUCCUGCUUCUCCUUCUCUACCCCGCCGAGCUGCCCGCGCAGGAGGUGCGGCUGGCGGGCGGUCGCCAAGCCAACGAGGGGCGCGUGGAGGUGCUGCACGACGGCGUGUGGGGCACGGUGUGCGACGACCAGGUGGACCUCAACCUGGUUAACGUGGUGUGCAGGCAGCUGGGCUUCCAAAGCAGCUUCACCUGGGCGCCCAGUUCCAGGUUCGGUCAGGGACAAGGUCAGAUCUGGUUGGAUAAUGUCAAAUGUGGAGGAAGUGAGUCCUCUAUUGCAGAAUGUGGCUCCAAUGGCUGGGGGGUCCACGACUGCACCCACGUUGAGGACCUGGGAAUCAUUUGCAGCCCGGAAAGGAGGCCCGGUUUCUCCGGAGGAAAUGCUCUUUCCACCUCCAGGAAUGAGCCGAGAGAAUCGACGCAGAGAACCCCGAACACGGCGCCGCCGCCGGACCCUUUCGUGCCGUCUGCUCACGGCCGAGGCCACGAGAUCGCCCUCCAUCGCAACCCGCCGUCCUCCGGCCGUAGCAGGAUCUCGCCACAGGAGAACGGCCACGAGAUACAGAUCCUGCGGCGGUACCGAGGCCCGACCACCCAGCUGUCGCCCAGGCCGGCACAAAGACGGGGGCAGGACACGUCCAGGAGAGGGACGCCGGCGUCGAGGCGCCAGGCUGAGCGAGAGACGAGCAGGAACCAACCGUACAGUGGGAACCAUGUCGAGCCAGAGACGGUUUAUCCACAGACGCCGGCCGAGACUGACCCACAAACCAGCCAGACUUCUAGCAGCGUGCAGCUGACCGAGGCUCGCCUGAGGGCCGUGCUGUCCGGCAGCCGUGGCGGUUUGGUGAACGAAGGCGUGCUGGAAGUGAAGCACGCUGGGAAAUGGCGUCACGUGUGCAGCCACGGUUGGGACCUCACCAGCAGCCGGGUCGUCUGCGGCAUGCUGGGAUUCUCUGCAGCCGAAGCGUUUGACGAAAACGCCUACAGGAAACUGUGGGACUCCAAAAUAGCAGAUCCUUCAUCCAGACUGCGGACACAGAUCACUAAGAAGGGAUACUGGGUGGAGAAGGUGCAGUGUCGGGGUGGGGAGGUCUCCUUGGCCCAGUGCCCGACCCAACUGUCCCUGCGCAGGAGGGACAGUCCGUGCAGCGGGGGCAUGCACGCCGUCGUGCGCUGCGUCCCCGGUCCCCAAUUUGCACGCAACGGCCGAGGACGUGCGCCGCCGUCUGUGUCGACCAAUGUGCGUCUCAAGGCGGGGCCCCGCGUUGGGGAGGGUCGCGUGGAGGUCCUGAAGGAAGGGAAAUGGGGCACCAUCGCAGACCACCUGUGGGACAUCACUGACGCCAACGUGGUCUGCAGAGAGCUGGGCUAUGGAUCGGCAAAGGAGGCCUUGACCGGGGCUCAUAUGGGACAGGGUUCCGGUCCCAUCCACAUGAACACCGUGCAGUGCACAGGCAGUGAGAGGUCCAUUCUAGACUGUCCUUCCAAAGCGGUGCCCCUGUACACCAUCAAGCACACCCAGGACGCAGGGGUCCGCUGCAACGUCCCCAACACGGGCACACAGACCACAGUAAGACUUGCAGGAGGCCGAGACAGAGGCGAGGGUCGUGUAGAGGUGCUGAUGGACGUCGGUGGAGUCAGGCGCUGGGGCUCGAUCUGCAGCGAGAACUGGGGCAUCAACGAGGCCAUGGUGGUGUGUCGGCAACUUGGCUUGGGUUUCGCUUCGAGAGCUCACCAGGAGACUUGGUACUGGACGAGCUCCAGUGACGCCCAUGAUGUGGUUCUGAGUGGAAGUCACUGUACGGGCUCCGAAUUGUCCAUCCAACAAUGUCGCAAAAACGCACACGUCUACUGUCCCAGAGGUGGCGACGGAAGAUCCGCAGGAGUCACUUGCGUGGACACUGCUCCUGACCUGGUCGUGGAUGCCCAACUUGUCCAGGAGUCGGCUUACCUGGAAGACAGGCCCUUACACCUGCUGACAUGUGCCAAUGAGGAGAACUGUCUCUCCUCCUCCGCUGCCAGGAUGAACUGGCCUUACGGACACCGACGCCUGCUGAGGUUCUCCUCCCGUAUUAUGAACAUGGGCCGAGCUGAUUUUCAACCCAAAGCUACCAGGGAGAACUGGAUAUGGCAUCAGUGUCACAGGCACUACCACAGCAUCGAGGUGUUUACUCACUACGACCUGCUGACUCUCAAUGGCACCAGGGUGGCUGAAGGUCACAAAGCCAGCUUCUGUCUGGAGGACACCUACUGCCCUGAUGGUAUCCAAAAACGGUAUUCCUGCUACAACAUGGGACAACAGGGUAUCUCAAUUGGCUGCUGGGAUACGUACCGCCAUGACAUUGACUGCCAGUGGAUUGACAUCACAGAUGUGCGCCCUGGUGAAUAUGUCUUCCAGGUGGAGGUCAACCCAUCCUUGGACAUGGCAGAGUCCGAUUUCAAGAACAAUGUUGUCCGCUGUCGGUGCAAGUACGAUGGAGCUAUGGUCUACAUGUUUGGAUGCCAUACAGGCGAUGCUUACAGUGCUGGUGCUGAGGACUUGUUUGACCACCAGCGCCAGAUCACCAACAACUUCUUGUGAACAACACAAAUACAAGGACAGAAGAAGCGUUCAACUCCUCAGCACACCUCAACAGGACAGGACACAGCGGUUGAGAGACAAGGCUAAACGUCACUACACACACACACACACUCACACGUGCGAAGGAAGGACUCGGUACCCUGUGACUCUCUAUCAGAGGCUGUUCACGUCCUACAUGAUUAAGGAGAAACAUGGAGAAGAAGCAGGCAUUACACCAUAAAAUGUAUGGUAAUAUAUUUACGUUUUAGAUUAUUUGAAAUCAAUUAGAAUUGAGAAGAAUCAAGAGUGAAUGCACCACAUUGACACAGAGAACAACUGUCUGCUUGAAUUCACUUUCCAAUAUUUUUUUUUACUGUCACACAUGUGCUUUUUGGUUUUGAAUGAGAAUCACCUUUUUCUUUUAACUCCAUGGUGCUAUUUUGCCUUAUUUGAAUAAAUAGUGUAAUGUAUUGCACAUGUAUUGUCAUGUACAGUUUUAUAUUACCUCUCUGGAAUAUUUGUUAGGUCUCUUAUUUAUGCAGAUUUUAUUGUACUUUUGAGUUGGCAUUGUCCCUGCGUGGCUGUGUUUUGUAUUGUUCAUCCUUUGUUUGUUCUUCACCUGUCAUCCAAUGGGGUCUGGUUGCGCCACAUUAAAGCGCCCUAAACAUUACAGCACUUAAAUGGUAGAGAAAGAAUAAACAUCAGAAUGACAAACUGCAUGGUU